AAGUUGCGGUAAAAUUGUGUACAGAAAAUACAUAAUAAUAUUUUUAAUUCGAGUAGCUCAAUAAUCAAAAUAAAAGGCUACAUGUUUGAAUUUUAAUUAAAUUUUCAUUUAAUAUCGAUGGUUUAAUGUUGAUAUCAGUAUUGUAAAUAUUAUAUAAAUCUUUAUCGUUUCGCCCACUCUCGUAUAUAUUUCAUAUCUCUAACCCUUUGCUUCCUGUGUGAUAAAUUAAAACUGAAUAUUUAUCUGUUCAUUUAAUUAAAAUACAGUUAUGAAUUAAACAAACUAAGUGAAAUCUUAUUGGAAAACUGACAAGAUGUCCGAGAGGAAACUUGUCUUUGUCGUUAUCCUUUUAGUGCAGUUACAAAUUUGCUUAUCAUUGUACACGAAACCAUGGACUGAAAAAUAUGAAAGUAAUAAUAAAUGUCCCAAGUUAUACCCUAAAAAUUUCGACAACUACAUGCCAGCAGGCAACUUAACAGCUGGUAAUUAUACAGAGAAAACUGACUUAAAGGGGCUAAAACAAUGUGUGAUGUCCUGUUGCCUUGCCAACGAUUGCAAUAUUGUGUUCAUAGUAGAUUCACGGUGCUAUCAUAUAGAGUGUGUAACAGAUGAACUGUGCCUUCCAUUGCCGAGAAGUGGCCGAAAUUGGAAUAGACAUGUGUCUAUGAUACUUGUAAAACCUGUGCUUCCCAGUGAAAAUUGGUCGGAGAUCCUUGGCCAAUCAAGCUUUCGCGAAGAGCAAAAUUUUGGAGAAGAAGAACUUGUUUAUGGAUAUCCAAACCGACACAGUGAAGUUGCUGACGAUGAAGAGUCUAAUUACCUAGCACAUUUCAUAAAUAACUUGCCUAAUAUUGAUGAUGAGGAUUCUGGCUAUGAAAAGUAUGAUAACAGUGAUAAUGAUAUGAUGUUGGCUUCUAAGUUUCUUGAGCAAGUGGUAUGUGUGAUGGGUACUAAUAAUUGUCCCUUUAAUGCAGAAUGUAUUCCAUUAGGACAUAACAUGCAUAAGGGAAUAUGCAAAUGUAUAUUGGGUACAGAAAUGAAUGAACAGGGUGCCUGUGUGCCAAUAAGACGUCCAUUCUCAAAGGGUCCUACUGAUCUUAAUGAUUCUAUUAAAAAAGAAGACAUGGAAACAAAAAGUGAUAUUAAAGAAAAUAAACCAGUGCAAAAUUUAACAGUAUCCAUACUUUCGCAAACAGUGCAGUUACCAGAAAAUGAAGUAACCCUAUCUGCAUAUACAAUACCAGAUGAAAAGUCCACAAUGAGCCACUAUAACCAUGUUUGGACGCUUGUUGGGCAACCUAAAGAUACAUUUACAGGCAACAUGAUACAAAAUGGAGCAUCGGUGACCCUAACAGACCUCACUGAAGGUCAAUACAGAUUUAAAGUGACAGUGAAUGGAACUAACUCAUAUGGAGAGGGUUAUGCAAACGUUACAGUGUUGCCACCAAAGAGAAUUAAUAAAGCCCCAGUAGUCGUUAUAACACCGCAAUCGCAAACUGUAAAAUUACCCAACUCAGGCGCAGUUUUGGAUGGCAGUGAGAGCAAGGAUGACGACCAAAUAAUUUCAUGGCACUGGGAAUUGACGGCUGGACCGUUGGGCUACCAACCAAGAUUGGAAGAUGGAGCUACGCUUGUGUUAAAAGACCUCAAACAACCAGGAAAUUAUACGUUUAAAUUGACAGUUGAGGACUCGGACCAUGUGAAAAACUUCACUUCGGCUAAUAUUACGGUUUUAAAUCAUAUCGAUUAUCCACCAGAGGCAAAUGCAGGCCAGGACGUUAUACUCUACCUUCCAAAUAACAAUUUGACACUAAACGGUAGCCUGUCUACGGAUGACCAUGAGAUCACUUCUUGGGAAUGGACAAAAUCAGCGGAAGAUGCUAAUAAAGCUGUCGAUAUGCAGAACACCCAUUCACCAUAUUUACAGCUAUCAAAUCUAUCAGAGGGUGUAUAUACAUUUGUGUUAAAAGUAACAGACUCCUCCAGUCAGUCUUCGACCGCGGAAGUGCACGUAUUCGUUAAGCCUCCAACCAAUACGCCUCCGGUUGCAAAUGCUGGCGAAGAUGUUUUCAUAUCGCUUCCUCAAACCUGGGUGAGACUAAAUGGUACUGGGUCACACGACGACCGAAAACUCGUUGCGUACACAUGGCGUUGCCUGUCUGGUCCCACUAACUCUAACAUUAUCGCGUUUAACGAAAGCAUUGCGAAUGCAACGCAACUCACGAAAGGGCUAUACGUAUUUUCGCUGACCGUAUUGGAUGAUAAUGGCAACACUGCUACAGAUAACGUUACUGUUACUGUCACACAGAACAAAAACAGCCCACCAAAGGCGGACGCGGGCGGUGACCAGGUUCUGAACUUGCCCUUGCCAGUGUUAAUACUUAACGGCUCGAAAUCUUCUGAUGACUUCCGCAUAGUGUCUUGGAAGUGGACCAGGCUUAGCUCGGGACUAGCAGCGGGAACAGUCAUACUUGAUUCUGAUAGAGAGUCUGUUUUGAUGCUCACUAACAUAGAAGCCGGCAGAUAUGUCUUCGAAUUGACAGUGACGGAUGACCAAGGCGAGUCAAGUCGGGACACGGUGAGUGUUCAAGUCAAACCGGACCCUCUCGAGAUGAAACUUCUAGAAAUGAUAGUUCACACACCGAUAUCAACAUUCACGAAGAACCAGUUGGAUUCUCUUCUGCAAAAGAUGAUGCUCCUCCUCAAAGAUGAUGUAAAGGUCAACGUCACGGAGAUAAGGGGAGAAGUCGAUUCGGGGAAUACGCUGAUUAUUUUCUUCUUAUCGGAAAAGGGCGAGGCAAUAGACGGUAUUCGUGCCUUAGCUUUAUCACGCCCAGCUGCAAUAUCAAGCGGUGCGGCGCGUAUACGUCCCGUACGCUGUCUUAGUACGUGCUCGGGACGCGGAGUGUGCGACCAGUCGACGCGCACAUGCCGAUGUGACGCUUUUUGGAUGCAGAGUUUGUUUGCACAGCUGCAGGCGGAUGCUAUGCCUGACUGUGAUUGGUCCGUGGUGUACGCGAGCGUUGGGGGCGUUGGUGUGUUAUGCGCGUUGUGCGGCGCGGGUUGGGCGUGUACGCGCGUCGCACGUAAACUGUGCGCGCCUCGCAAACCUAGACAACGUACAUACCGACCCCUACCCCACGCCGACCACGAACAAAAGCCACUUGCUAACGACAUGUCCGAAUCGGACACAGAUUCCGACGUGUUGUACGAGACAAAAAAUAAAAUGACGUCAUUCACACGCGCCAUUAAUGGCGACGCGCAAUCCAACGGAUGGAAGAACAGUGUCAAAGUGGCGCGUCGCAUUAAAACGUAGCUCCGUCGCUUUGUGGCCUCGUUCCACGUUUAUUCCCUACAUAUGCACAGACCACGUGACACCUGUCAGGUAAGCUCGCUGUCACUACGUGGAUAGUUGUCAAAUGGUUAAUGUCAAAAGGCUAAAAUCAAAUUGUUAAAUGAAAUUACACUUACGAUAAUCUAUUUAGUGGUUGCUAGACAAGGAAAAAAGUAUUAUUAAGUAUAUAAAAAAAAAUUUAAACGUGUCUACUAUGCUUGUAAUAGCUAAAUUGAAAAAUAAAUCAAGGCGUCCAAGCUUCUUUAUAAGACAGCCUAGACAAGUAUAUUUUACUUACGGUAGUGAUGAUGAUAACAUGUGUUUUUGUAUUAAAUUGGUCACCUAAACAAACGUGAGUUUACUCUUACGUAGAUUUUCUUUGCAACAGCGUGCAAAGAAAAUCAUGCGUAUCGAAAAUUGCUAUGGUCUAAAGCCUAGGUCUUCAAAAUUGCAAAUAGUUUUUUCAAUAAAAUAAAUCAGUGUUGCCAGUAUUAACGAGGAAAAAAUAUUUUUGAGAAGUGUGAUUUUAAAUGUGUUGUAUGAUAUAAUUAAAUCUGCUUUAGAGUCGCAAAUAAGUGUCAUGUCAAUAAAAAAUAUAACAUAAUAAAUAGGUUAAGAUGGUUAAGGUUAUAUAUUACUAUAUAAGUUACCUUUUAAUGGGACUUCAGGCAAAAAAUAAAAACUUGUUAAAAUUUAUGACGUUAGCGCGUCAAAGUGACAGCUGUAAAUUUUUUGGCGCGAAACAGUCCACAUAAACUUAUAUAGGAAUGUUUAGUUAUUAAUUAAUGUAUUUUUAAUAUUAAUUUUUAUUUUAUGCUAAUUUAAGAAUAGAAAGAAAUAUAAUGUUCAAAACGGAAUGGAAGCUCAUGUUUAAAACUUGCAAUUGUACAACGGCUUUAUCUUUGUCUAUAGAAUAUCAAAUUAGAUAUGUUAAAAACUUAUUGUAUGGCGUAAAGAAAACUAGGGUAGCGUUUGAAUUGUAGUUUUACAAAGAUAAAUUGUGAUUAUUUUUCAUCCUUUAAAAUAUUUCCUUACAGUACAGAUAACAGUUAACUAUGGUAUCUGUGGAAACGCACAUUAGGUCUACAAUAAGUUUGAGAGUGUAUAGUGAACGUUUUGACGAAAUUGCACUUGCAUUGUGGUACAUUGCAUUUGUGGUACUUACAGAUUCUUGAUUAAUAUUUAGAAUAAUGCUUUUAUGGCAAUUUAAACAGAUUUAAUACAAUAUCAUAAUAUAACUUCACCUUUUGCAUUUUUAACAAGUCGUUAGCGAGUCCACAUUAACAGACAUACAAUACAUUGCUUUUAUUUUUGGGCAUUGUUAGCCUACUGGCUUCAAAGCAACUCUCAUCUCUGUAGUAGUAUGUUGUAAACUUUCUUUGUGCGCAUCUAAUAUAGUUAGGUGAAGGAUAAUAUCGUGAGGCAUGCCUCAAAUCAAAAAAACAAAAGAAUGUGUGAGACAGAGCUAACAUCUACUUGUCUAUGAAAUAAAAAUAACCAAGCAAACGGAUGCAAUCUGCGGCACAGACCCAUAUAGGGUAGUCCUACUGGAUUAUUAUUAUUAAUUUUAUUCUUAACAAAAACAUUCUUUUAUUAUCGGUUAAUCAGCCUAGUAUUGAAAUAAAGUGUAUUUUUAGUAGUUGUCAUACAAGUGUUAUAAACAAAAUCGGUAAAUACUUUGAACUUGAGUUGUGAUUGUUCAAGUUAAACAAUGAAAUUAAAAUUGUGUCAUUAGAUGUAUUUAUUUUACUUAAGGCUAAUUCUGUAGCUCUUUUUAUUAAGUUUAAUAAUUAUUAAUAAACUAAUGCAGCAACUACAAUAAUGUUUAUAUUCCAUGAAUGUUGCUCAUAUUUGACAAGUACAUAUACCCCAUUUUAGUAUAAGUAAACUUGUCCUUGAGAAUUACUUAAUUUAAAUAAUAAUUCCCUCAACAGGCCUCACAGUAAGAUUUUGAGUCAAGACUUGGCGCUGUAACUAGCUUAUGUCAAAAAUAUUUAGGCAUUUGACAUAUGGAAUUGCGGUCAAAGUUCGCGCUGAGUUUUGUUUGUUUGUUUAAAUGUUAAAUAUAAUUAAUUACUUCCUCUUUUAAGUAGUGUAAAAACGAUUCAAGGUCUGCUUUUAUCAGUCAUUAAAAUUAUCGUUUCUGCAUGAAUAUAUAUCUAGUCGUUUUAUUAAGUUUUUGCUUUUUACUGAAUAUUGAUAAUGUAUUAUUUAAUUAAAUUUACAUCAUUAUAUUGUCAAGCACCAAAAUUAAAUAUGUAAA